GUUGCUGUUUGAACCAGUUCAGAUCCAGGGGCAGUCUGGACUGAGGGGCUUCUGCAGCUUGACUGCUCCUAUAUUCAUGUGUCUAGAGGCACUAUGCAGUUUCCUCUUGGGCUAGGGAUGUGGGCAAAGGUGGGCAGAAGUGGCAGUCUCUCCUGCCCUGGCGUCUCAGGAUUGCCCACACUUCUGGGUGAUCAGUUGUCUCUUCCACAGGGUUUCCGAGGGAGUUUCAAAUGUUUAUUCCCUACUCUGCAGGUCUGCAAUCUUUCCAAUUCUCCUCCAAAGUGGGUUGGACAAGACACCACUGGUCAAGGGGAGCUACAACAGGCCCCAUCAGACAAAGAGGGCUCCAAAACUUCUUCUCCGAAAGGUAAUCUCAGUGAUUUCUCAAUUUCCACAAAUGGAUUAAGUCCUGGCCUCUCUCCACAAGAGACUUUAACACCUUUGACAGCUGCAAAAGCAGGGCAGAGAAAUAUGUCCACUCACAAAGACAGUCAAAGAUGUCCCACAUCUAUCCCAAAGUGCCCUAUGCAAUCUGCUUCGAGUCAAGUGAGUUUGAAACCCGAUUCUGCUGACAAAGAGGAUUUCAGAACUUCCCUAUUAAACCAAGAGGGCUUUCAAAGUCCUCCACUAUUUAAAAAUGGGCUUAAAUCAUCUCUUACAGUCCAAGGGGAACAAAAUGCAGUCACAGUUCCCCAAGUGAACCUCAUACCACUCAUACCUGCCCAAGCAGAGACAAAACUUUCAACAUGUACAGCAUUAGAUCAAGGACCUUUAUCAUUUUCAGAAGGGAUUCUUGAGAGUUCCACACCCACACAAGAUGUGGUAGAAAAUUCUGAGUUCACUCAAGGGACUCUCGUGCCUUCUGCACAUGUAAAAAUUGAUAUUGCACCUUCAACAUCUUCCCCAGUGGUUCCAAGACAUUACCAAUCUGUCAGGGGGACACGAGGAUUGUCCACAUCCACAGAAAAGGGUCAAAGACGUCUUCUCAACUCUAUUGUCCCUCAGAAGAGGAGAUUAAAAUAUUCUGCAGCAAUGACAAGGGACCCUGAACAUUCCUGUUCUAGAAGGAGACUUAAAGAUGCUCCCUCUAAACAACGGGUUUUCACAAUGUCCCUAUCCGACAGAGAAUUAUUCAAAUAUCCUCUACCACCCAAAAGAACCCUCCUGACUUGUCAUCAGGCCCAAAAGAGCCAAGUUUAUGACAACACACAGUCAAUGAGCCAUGCAGACUCCAUAUUUGUACAAUGUGCAGAGAAGAUAAAACCUUCCCUACCACCCCAGGGGACUCUAGGAUAUUCUGUCCUGAAAGGAGAGGCUCUAAAAUUUUCCACACGUACAUCAGAGAUGUUAGAAUUUCCCAAAACUGAACAGGAUUCCCUGAGUAGUACCCUAUCUCAUAAAGAGACUGUGGGACAAGAAACACCUACGAAAGUAAUUCUACCCACAGCCACAUCUUUAGACGCAGCUUGUGGAUGUGACAAAUAUACAAAACAUGUUCUAGGACAUAUUCCAUCUGUAGAGAAGGUUAUGGAUCCAAUCAUAUGUGAACAAGGAGUGGUGAGACAUGAUAUGCAAACACAAGUGUCUAUUGCAUCCUUGACAUCUAAGGAAAGGGAUUCCUUGGAUUCCAUCUGUGCAAAAAAAUGCAUACGACCUCCGCAAAAUUCACAGGAGGCUAUGGGAACUUCCCUAUCUCCUCAAGAUCAGCCAUGUUCCCCAACUACACAAGAUGCUAUACACUCUUCCAAAUAUGCAGAAAGGGUUGUCAGUCUUACUUUAUACCCACAAGCGGCCCCAGAACAUCUGCCAAAUACCCCAAAGGCUCUGGAUUUUACCUUAUCUUCUGAAGGGGCCUUGGAACCCGUUUUGCCUAUCAAGCAGGCUAGGAAACCUGACACUUCUAUACAAAAGUCAGCCCCUUCUCCAGCAGAAGAAGGUUUCCUUGGAACUUCCACAAGUACACAGCAAUGUCUAGAAACUUCCCUAUCUGCACAUGAGGCUCUCAGACCUCUCACAUAUGUCCAUGAUGCUCUAGGAGAGGCCACAUUUUCAGAGGUAGCUCUAAUACCUUCCCCACAUUCUGAAGUCACAGUCAAGACUUCUACAAAUAUAGAAGGUAUAUUAAGACCUUCCUCAUCUGAGAAAGAUGCCUUAGGAUCUACUGCAUCUGAACAGCAUGCUUUACAAGUAUCCCCAUCUACCCAAGUGGACUUAUUUCACGUGUCCACUCUGGGGAGAAAUAGUCAACAUCCUCCCUCUACCAAAGUGGACCGCAGGCAUCCAGUUUCUAGAAACAAAGGGUUAAGGGUUGAUCCUUCUGAUGGAGACUUGAGAAAUUUCUCAUCUGAGGAAGACAGUUUUGACCUUCCCCCUUCUGCAAAAAGGGAGCUUGUACCAUCUUCUGCUACCAAAGAGACACCAAAAGCUACAACUACUCCUCAGGUGAGUCCCACACCUUCUCCAUCUGUCCAAAGGGCCUUAGAAUGUUCCAAAAAUGACCAAGGAAUUGUGGAAAGUUGCCAAUCCUCACAAGGGCAUGCUGGACAUCCCAUUUUGUCCCAAGAAGCUCAAGGAACUUCUCUAUCUACCCAAAAGGCAUGUUCAUCAUCUCCCCCGGUGCUUCAGGGAAUUUCUUCACCCCUCUCAAGGGCUCCAGAAAAUGUUCCCCAUGCUCAAGGUGAUUUGUCAUUGUGCAAAUUAAACUUCAAAAAUACAAAACCUCUUUUAUAUUUUGAAGGGUCUGUGGGAAAGUCCACAUUGAAAAAAAAUCAUCUAGAACUUGUGCCAUUAGCCCAAGUAUAUCCAAAAAAUUCCAUGUCUUCUAAAGCAUCUAAAAAUCUGUCUGGCUCUAACACUCUUGCUGAGAAACUUUUACCAUCAACCAUACAAUCCCCAAGACCAUCAAAAUCUAAGAAGGGGUAUCUAGAAACUUUACCAUUGGCCCAAAGGUCUUUAGGAUGUUCAGCAACUUCUCCAAGAGCUCAGUGUACCCAGAGAACAAAAGAAGUAAAGCCAUCUGCCCAGGGUGUUGAGGAAGGUUUCCAAACUUCAGUCAGGAAACCAGGACAUUUUCCCCACCUUCCAGAAAAUAAAGAACUUUCCUUAUUAGCACAAGGGGUUUUAGGACAUGUUCCACAUUCUCAGGAGCAUAUGGAAACUUCUUCAUACUCACCUGGGUUUACAGGACCUUUAAUGCCUUUGCAAAGGCCUCUGGAUCUUUCCACAACUACUCAGAGUACUGCUGCUCCUUCACCAAAUAAGCAAGGGGCUCUCCCAGCUUUGGUGCCUCCCCCAAGCAAAGUGGGAACAUGCCAAUCUGCCCAAGAGAUGCUAGGCCCUUUGCUACCUAAUCCAGAAGCUCUGGUAAUUUCUCCUUCUGACUUUGUGGCUCCUGUGGGACAGUCCCUAUCUGGACAACAGACUCUAAAACUUUCCAUACCUACACAGGGAACUCUAAAACAUUCUCUGUCUAGUCCAGGUGACAUGGCACCUGCCCUGUCUUCUCAGGGUACCAAAGGACCAUUGCCAUCUGUGGGAGUGGAUAUGAGGACAUAUGAACAUGCUCAGGGAUCUCCAGGACAGUUGACAAAUGUGUCAGGUUUUCCAAGGCACAUGCUGUCUGAGCAGGAUCCUGGGGGAAUUUCCUUACCUGCUCAAGGAAGUCUCACACAUUUGCCAUCCACUCAUGGAGCUGAGGGACUUUCCCUGUCAACCCAUCAAGCUCGAGAACUGUCCACCUUAGAACAAGGGACUAUUCAACCAUUGAAGCCAGCUGAAAUGGCUCUGAAGAACCCUGCUUCUUCCAAAGAACCUAUAAGACAUGUUCCAUGUACCCAAGAUGCUUUAGAACAUUUGCUACCUUGUAUAGGGGCUCUUAAACAUUGUGUGGCUGAUCAGGGGACUCAAAAAUUUUUGGCAUCUGCCCAAGAGGCUCAUGAAACUUUGCAAUCUAACUCUAAGGCUUUAGAAACUUCUCCAGGCACAGGGUGUCUGCAAUCCUCUCUGACUAUUCCAAAGCCUCCUGAAAAUAUUCUAUCUUCCAAAGAGCCUGAAGAACUUUCCUUGUCUGCACCAGGGUCUCUGGGUCUUUUACUAUCUUCCCAAGAGGCCCCAGAACGCUUAGCACCUUCACGAGAAGAUGUGAAAACUUGCCAAUAUGCCGUGGAGAAACUCAGAACUUUGACACUUUCACCAACUGUUCUGGAAUCUCCUCCAAGUAUUUCAGCGACACAAGGAGCUUUGUCUUCAGUUUCAAGGCAUACAGGACUUUCCUCAUUAACAAUUGAUAGGCAAGAACAUUCACAACAUGUUGAAGGGGUCAUGAAAUCGUCCUCUGUAACAGGAACUGAAGCAUCUAUGGCCUAUUUCCAAAGGCCUUUAGAAAAUUCCUCAUGUGGGCAAGGGACUAUUGAUUCACUGACAUCUUCUCAAGGAACAGUAGAAUGUUUGCUUUUUACCCCACAGGCUGUGGAAAAGCCCAGGUCUACAAAAGGGAGAAUAGAAAAUGUAUCAUCUCUUGAAAGGUCAGCGAAACCUGUUUCUGAUUUUCAGGAGCUUUCAGGACAUUCUCUUUUGACCCAAGGUCCUCACCAACAUUCAAAAUCUGCCCCAGGAUCUCAAGGACCUUACAAACCUGACAGUGCCAUUCAAAGACAUUUGCCAUCUCCAGAGGUUACAGGAAAGUUAACAAGUGCACCAGGUGCUUUGCAACCUGGCCCAAAUACCCUAAAAUCUCUAGAUCAUUUACAAACAGCUGAAGGAUCUUUUGAACUAUCUGUUCCACUACCAGGAGUGUUGGAUCCUUCCCCAUCUACCCAAGGGACUCUACAAUCUUUGGUCUCUUCUCCAGUGGUUGUAAAACUAUCAAAAUCAGGCUACAGAAAGCUUGGACAUUUGUCAAAUGUGGGAAAAGACACAGACAUUUUUCCAUCUGACACAAUAGCCAAAGGAACAUCUCCUGCUCCACAUUCUUCUCUUGCGACAGAGGCUUUGGUAUCUUCCUCAUCUUGCCAAGGAUCUCAAGGAUCUUUGCUAGCCAGCAAAGAAGGUGUAGAAGACUCACUCUCUGCACCGGAUGCACAGAAACCUUAUCCAUCUACUACACAGGCCUUAGAAUCUUUGGUAACUACCCAAGGACCACUGGACAUUUACACACCUGCUAAAUGGAAUCUGCAUUCUCUGCCAUCUACACUAGGGGAUUUACCUUUACAAAGUACUCUUGAAAUGCCAUCACUGCCACAAGAGACCCUAGAGCCUUUGGCAUCUGACCAAGUGGAAGGGACAAAAUACCAAUCAGAAAAAGACAAUCUGGGACAAACUAUAUCAGGACAUGGGACUGUAGGAUCAUCACCAUGCAAGACAGGGGCUUUAGGAUCUACUCAACAUGCUCACAGGAAGGUACAAAUAUUGCCAUAUAAUCAAGGGGCUGAGAAUCAUUCUACAUCUCAUAGUGGGGCUAUGGGAUUGCCCAAAUCUGAUACUAGGACACCAAAUAAUUUACCAUCUGACCAAGGGUCUGUGAAAAGUUUCAAUUCUUUUCAGAAAGGUUCUACACCUUCUCUAUGUAUACAUGAUACUGUGCAACAUUCACCAACUGCUACAGAGGCUCUGAGAUCGUCUUCAUCUAAAAAACCAUUAUCUUCCCCAAAUAGUGUGAAAAUGCCAUCAACUGCACCACCUCCUCAGAAACCUCCCCAAACUACAUCAGCAACACAAGCAACCGUGAGAUGUAAGCAAGGGCCUCUAGAACAUUCCAUGUCUGUCCAAGGGUCUGGAAGUUCUUUUUCAUCUACCCCAGGCUUUCUAGAUCAUUCAACAUCUUCCCAGAAGAAGCUAGGGUACUCAUCAUGCAAGGUAGAAUCUCAGGAUACCUGGCCAACUGUCCAAGGGACUAUAGGCUCUUUGCCAUCUCACUCAGAGCCUAAAGUGCAUUCACCACAUGAUCAAGGAGCUCAGGAAUCUUCUUUAGUAGUUUCAAGGGAUCUAUCAGAGUUGCUACCUACCAAACUUUGCAUAUCUGCUCAGGCAACUCUGGGCCCUUCAACAUAUACUCAACAGUCUCUUCAGCAGUCAUCAUCUUCCCAAAAGAUUCUGGGAACAUUUGAGUCUGCCCAGUGUACACAUAAACAUUUGCCUUCUGACUUGGUUUCUUCAGGAAUGUCUUCCCAGGUGCCAAGAACUACAGGAAUAUUAUCACAUGCCCCAAAGCCUCUUGGUCAUUCCUCACCAUCACAAGCAAGUCCAGUCUCUCCCCCAUCUUUGCAAAAAGCUGUGACAACUUCCAUAAAUUCACAAGCAACUCUUGAGCUGGAUGCAUCAGGACAAAUUUCUGUAUUUCCCCCACUAUCUACUCACGUACCUGGACAAGCUUCCCUUCAUGCAGAAGCCACUUUAGGACAGCCCAUAUCUGCACAGAGAAUUGAAGAAAUUUUGCUUUCUAGCUCUGGGACUCUAAGUUAUAAGGAAAGUGACAAGCAGGAAGUAGAAAGUUGUCCAUGUGCCCAAGGGCCUCAAGGAGUUUCCUUACCUACCAAAGGAACUUUAAGAUCUGUGGCAUCUGCACAAGGGGGUCUGGGUAUUACCCUAUCUGCCCAAGGAUCUCUGAAACUGUCCAUGUCUAAGCCAGAAAGUAUAAGAACUGUGCCAUCUGUUCCAAAUUCUUUGAAACAUCCAACUCCUUCCCAGAGGGAUCUCAAAAUUUCUCCAUCUGUUCAACAUACUGUACAAUGCUCAUCAAGUUCCAGACAGACAACUGGAACUGUCCUAUCUAGCCAGGCAAAUCAGGGAACUUUUUUGUCUUCAUCAGGUUAUGCACAACACUACCCAUCUACAGCAGGAGUUCAGGUACAUCCACUAUCUACUCCAGCAGCUGUAGGUCCUUUGCUAACUUCUCAAGGGCAAAAGGAAAACUUCACAGCUGGAAAGGGAACUAUGCCUGAGCAAAGUUCUUUGUCAUCCAUCCGAAGAAAGCUAGAACCGUCAAUAAAUUCUUCAGGGAUAUUGGCUCAACAGAAAGACACAGAGAGUACCUUGGGCCAUUUGCCAGACGUGAGGGAGGGUGUGGCAUCUUCUCAAUAUGCUUCAGCUACACAAGGAACGUGGCUACCAUCACCUCCAGAAUCUGAUAAACAUUCAUCAUCUACUCAAGGAGGUGCAGAAACUUUCCCAUCUGGUCAAGGGUGUCUAGCACAUUUGCAAUCAGCUGUGGGCCCUCUGAAACUUUCCAUCUCAGCCCAAGCAAUGACAAAUAUAUCACAGUGUUCUGAAAGUUGUCAUGGUCCUCUGGGUUGUUCCUCCUUGGAACAAGGAGCUCAAGUACCUUCUGAUUUGGUUCAUGCAGCUGUGAGUCCCUGUCUAUCUACACAGGGGACAGUGUGUCUGCCCACAUCUACACAAAGUUCUACACGACAUUCUACAUCUACCCAAAGGCUUGGAAGUCCUUCUUUACAUACACAAGGUACAGGGACACAGUCCACCUCUACAGACUGCACAGUAUCAGACUCACCAUCCUCCCCAGUGUAUCAGGGAGAUAUCCACCCUUCUCAAAAGAUGGCAGGAACUUUGAAAUCUGACCAAGGAUCUCUGAGAUUUUCUGCAAAUGCACAAGGCUCUGUAGAGCCUUUGGCAUCUGCCCAGGGGCCUCUAGGAUAUUCAUCAUCUGCACCAGGUUCACAAAAAACUUCAACAUCUACCCCAGGACAUGUGGUACCUGAUGACUCACCUCUGGACCUUUCAAUAUCUGACGAACUUAGUUCCUUAUUUUCUUCCCUAAGUCUUUUGGAUCAUCCCCUUUCCACAGAACGGACCUUUGAUCUCUCUAAACCUAUAGAGGGUACACUAGGACCUUCUACUUCAUGCCAGGGACCAAUUGAGUCUUUGGAUUCUGCUCAAGGGCUCCAACAAACAGAACCAUCUGCCUCAGACUCUUCAGGAUCUGUACAUUCUUCCAAAGGUCCCAUGAAAAUUUCUUUAUCUGGACAAGGAACACUAGAAUCUGUAUCAUCUGUCCUAGGGCCUUUGGCAAUGUCCCUAACUGUUCAAGUGAGUCCAGGACCUUUGUUAUCUGUUCAAGAAGUUGGAGGCUCUUGCCAGUCUUUACAGGGGAAUCUAGAAAGUUGCACUUGUAGACAUGGUGAGCCAGGAAUUUCCAAUAGUUCACUAGGAGAUUUCAAAAUUUCAGCAACUACCACAGUGAGUCUAGGAUCAUCUCUGUCUGUCCAAUUGGAUAUGGAAGUGUCACAACCUGUCUUAUUGUCUCUGAGACCUUCCCUGUCUGCUCAGGGUUUUCUAGGAACAUCAUCAUCUGCCCAAAGGGCUAUGAAUCUUUCCUCAGAUACCCUGGAGAGCACAGAAAGUUUGGGGUAUGCCCAAGAUGAUCUAGAACUCAGGUCUCCUUGCCUGGGAACUCAGAAACCUUCUGAAUUUUCCCAGAACAAAUUACAGGAGUUGCCAACUGAUCAAAUGCCUCCAGAAAAUUCCUAUUUAGCCCACAAGACCCCAGGAUCCUGUUUGGAAAAAGAAGCAAUAGGACAUUCGCCAUCUGAUACAGAAGAUGUUGUACUGUUGGAAUCUGCGCAGGGCACAGUAGAAACAUUGCCAUGUAUGCAAAACACUGCAGAAAUACCGCCUGUCUCCCAAGAGAUUAAGGAACCUUUUCCACCUGCCCAAUAUUCUCUCAGAUUUCGACCUUCUGCAACAUUUACUCCAGAAGCAGAAGAACCUCUGCCAUCUACCCAAUCCAAUUUUAAGAUUUCAGAAUCUGUGUCAAGGAAUCUAGAAUCUUUCCCAUCUGUGCCAGGGGCUUUGGGGAUUUUGAAACCUAAUAAAAGUACUCUGGACCCUUUAGUAUCUAAAGAAAUGAUCCAGAAAACACCAACAUCUCCCCAGGAAACUCUAGAACUUUCUCAACCAGGCCAAGGGCCUCUAGAGCCAAUGCCAUCUACCCAAGAUUCUGUGGGAACUUUAUUUUCAACAGACAUUCCUGGACUUUCCCUUUGUUCACAAGAUGACUUUAUCCCUUUCCAUUCUUAUGAGGAAUGCCCGACACAUUUCUCUUUUUCCAAGAAAGAUCCUAGACAUCUCAAAUCUACCCAAAGGAUGCUGAAAUAUGCCCCAUUUCCUGAAGGGGACAUCAGUUAUUCCCUUUCAGAACUUGAUGACUUAAAAUGUAUCCCUUCUGCUGAAAGUAGGUUCACAUCUUCCAAGAAUGACAGAAAGAACUCAAGUCCCACCUCUACUCCUCAAAGGAGCAGCUCUCCCUUAAAAUCGUCAAAAUUAAAUUUCAAAUCUAGUACUCCUCCUAAAGAAUGUCUCAGACAUUCUCCCUCUCCAGGACAUUGCUCCAGGCAUUCUAAAUCAGAGAAAACAAGAUCAAGGCAUGCCUCUUCAGACCAAGCAGGUGUGAAAACUGUGCCAUCAGAAGAUGAGGAGUGGAAACAUUGCCGUUCUUCCAAAAUAGGGGUACAAGCUUGCAAAUCUGACAAAAGGGGUGAAAAGCUUAAAACUGAAACUAACAGAAACCUUACAACUUCUGAUUCUGCAAAAGGAGCCUGUAGAUCCUCUACAUCUCGUGAGAUGGUCCUCAGAAGUCCCGCACCACUCCGAAGCAAUAACAGACGGUCCAAAUCUACUAAAACCACAUCAAAAAAGGUUCCUUCUGACCAAAGAGACACUCAAGCUUCCCAUUCAGAACAUGAGAGGGUCAAACUAUCCUCUUUGUCAAAAAUGGGGCUCAGACAUUCUUCAGACUCCAGAAAUGUGUCCUCUGAUCUAGAGUUGAUCACUUCUGCCCUAGGUAACCUCAAACUUAGCCCUUCUGCCCAAGGAGGCACCAGAGCUUCCCAGCCUGCCAAAUGGGACCUCUAAGACAGCCCAUCUCAAGAGGGUGGCCUGGGCCCUAUGUUCUCUUACCAUGGCAUUUUUAGCUCUAUUUAUUCACAAGCUGCCCUCAUGUUUUCCCAUGCUGUGCUCCAUUUUAACAACAGGAGUUUAGAACUUUUUCUUAUAAUCAGCCAUCUAUCAAUCUUACAACUUCUACCCCUAGCUGCCUCAGAUGCACAUUGGCACAUCAGAUAGGACCCUCUCAUUAAAAGCAUGGAAAGUAUUAUCCUUUUGAUUAAGAGUAGAUAGCAAUUUGUAGCCAGGAGAACAUGCUAUACAAUUUGCUCCUCGUGGAAAAUAACAUGUGCUUCCAUUGACCACCUUGGACCUAGACCUACUUUACCUCACCUAAUUGGUGACAAAUCAAUUCCCUUGAUCUAAGGUGCACAGAGUACAUCUUAUUGUGGUCCUCUGACCUUAACACCUCUGUUCAAAGAACAAGCCGCUGGUGCCUGAGGUUCUAGUGCCUAAGAGUAGAAAGCAGAGCCAUAGACACAGGAUGUAUACCUUAAAGUUGGUCAACAGAAAUGAGGCAGCCAGUCAUGCUCAGAAGUAGGCAGCUGAUUUAUCAGGAGACCUAUUUGAGAACUGCCUCCUAGAAUGUUGGAGAUUGAUUACACUACUGGACACCCUGUACUAUACGAAUGUCCUAGGGUCCAUUAAGCCUUGGUAAGGAAUUGUUCAGGCCUUUUCUACACUCCAACUUGACUUUUCAUCUUCCCCUGGUACAACAGUCUUUGGCAUUUCUGCUUUCCCCAACAUAGUAUGAGACUUUCUGCCUCUAAAGGAUGGUAUCCAUAAUAGUUUGUUUGUAGAUACAUCAGCAUUUUCAUUCUGUCAAUGGGUCCUCCAAGUUGUGUUUUUGACACAAAGGCCUCAGAUUUAUUCCUUCAGAACCAUGGAGAUUCACACUUUCCCCAAUACCUGAAGUGGAGAUCAAAUCAUUCUCAAGGGCUCAAGGAGACUUCAGGCAUACCCUGUCUAAACCUGGAAGUCAAGGGCACUCCAGUCAUUCUCAAGUAGGAUUCAGACCGACUGCUUAAGAAACAUAGAUUUCCUAAACUACUGUAUGCAUCUGAACCAGGGAUUCUAAGAUCUCUCACAAUACCAUAAGUGACCUUAAUCUUCCCUGUGUAGGAACCAAUGUGCUUCACAACUUUCACCAAUAAGUCAAAGGGGUUUCAGAUGUACCCUCUCAACAUCAAAUGUGUCAAAAACUCCCCAGUGUUCACAGGACCAUUAACCUACAGUUCCUUUGAGAACUAGGAAACCUCCUGUGGAACAGUAAAAGACCCUGGUUCCCAGUUGAGAAGGUUUGAAAGCCCAGUGACUAUGAGGGAUGGUAUGCAUUUUGCCUGUCUCCCAGGAAACCAGACCAUUCACUAACCUGCAGUCUUCCAUAGAUUUGUGACUAUCAGUCAUGUCAGGGCAAUGCCCUAACCCCUUCACAGGUAGAGGACAUGCCUACUGGUCACAUAGGCUCAAAACAGAUCUCCCUUAUAAUGAGAUACCAAAAGGCCUGGAGGCUUUGCCAAUGAAUUUCCCUUUCCAGACAUUCCUCCCUGCAAAAUGUGUUUAAUCUCAAGCCCCCUCUGAGAAGAGGGGUACAGUUUUGCUCAUCCAAUUUCUGCCAUGACAAUAAAUGCCUUAAAACUGUAGACUGCUUCUUUUCAUCAGAAUCAACCAUGGAGAGUCACAGAGAAGGCCUUCGCCCUUAAAGCGAACAUCUAAUCACGUGAAGAAAGCCUUCCUGUGACUCUCCACGGUGGAUCCUGAUGAAAAGAAUCAGUCUAUGGUUUCAAGGCAUUUAUUGUCAUGACAGAAGGUGGAUGAGUAAAACUGUACCCCCCUUCUAAGAGAGGGCCUGAGAUUAAAUAAUUUUUGCAGGGAGCAAUGUCUGGCAGGGGAAAUUCAUGGGUAGGUCUCCAGGACUUUAGGUACCUCAUUUUAAGGAAGAUCUGUCUUGAGUCUUCGUGACCUGUGUCAUCUCCUCUACUUGUUGAGGGGCUUGGAGUGUUGCCUUAAUAUGACUGAUGCUCACAAAUCUUUGGAGGAGCUUUGGGCUAGUGACCUGCUUGGUUUCCCUGGGGUCAGGUGAAAUGCCUACCAUCCUUCAGGGUCACCUGGUUUUCAAACCUCCUCAACCAGGAAUGAGGGUGUUUCACUGUUCUACAACCUCAGACAUUUAUUAACUGCUCAAAUUUACACCAGAGUUACCACUUUAGAACAAAGGUGACACAUAGGUUUUCAAUGAUUGAAGAGGUCCUGAGACAUAUGACAUAAUAAGCAAAGGACUUCAGACCUGAACAAAGUCCUAAGAAAGAUACAAAUAUAUCCAUUUUAAUAUCAGCAUGUAACAGAAUUAAUGAAAUAACAACAGGGACUCAGAUGUGCCCUUCUAGGGCCAGGAAAGUUUAUUCAUCCAUCUAAUAACUCCACAAUUCAUGCCCCCUCAGAAGUAAACUAUUCCAUGACUUCAAGGGGGCUGACACCCAGUUAGAAUAUCCUCUGAAGAGGGCCUUAGGCUUCUUUCCUCUAGCCAUAGUAGCCCCUGACUUUAAUGUUUUCACAAAGGAGUCAGCUGCCCUGGAGUAAAACACUUCAUUCUCCCUCUGUCUGCACUGGAGGGGUCUGAGACAUGCCCUUCUGAUGAAACAAGCUAUAGAACUGACCUUGUGACUGAGGAGUGUGUCUCAAACAUUCAUCCUCUGCUAUAGUGUGCUUGAGACUGAAUCCUGUGACCAAGAAUGCAUAGGAGAUUCUCUCUUUGUUCAUGGCUGACUCAGGCCUACCACUGUACUAAGAGAGACCAGAACUCUUCCUCAGACCUUAUUGGAUAGCAAAUACAAAUUUGACCACCAAAAAAUCUCCGAGAACUAUGGAUUGAACUCCCAUGGCCAAUGAAUAAAAACUCCAGCGUUGAUCCAAGGUCAUCUAUCUAAGCUUCUCACCAGAAAGGUCACUGUCCCUCACACCCACACCUGUGCAGCUUAUUGUAAGUUUAAAUAGGGAACAGAUCCAAGGACUUUGAUCCAACAUCUCAGAAGAAACCUCAGAUUGCUGUCAAGUCUGCAGUGGAGGCCUCGGAGAUAAGAAUUUUCUUGAGUUCUCUGAAGAUGUGUAGGCCUGGAGUGCCUGGACCAUCCUCUUCUACAGAAGUCUCUUGCAGACUCAGCUACAGAUGUGGAUAUGCUAGACUGUGAAGUACAGUUAGAAGGUGAGGUAAUGCUAGGACUUCGUGAGCUAUGGUAAGCAAUUUAAUUUUUGAUCAAAUAUUAUGGGAAUUUGAAUACUCUUAUUAUCUCUCCUUUCACAAGGACAUCAGCACCUCUUCUCUUCCCAGGGGUACAGACCACUUCUACCUUUGAUUAAGGGGGCAUCAUAUCUUAUCCCUGAAGGAAAGAUUACUUCAGAUCAUUCUAGUUUGUCCAAAGGAGGUUUAGACAUUAAUUUAGGGUGAGGAAAUCCACACAACUUCCUGAUAUUAUGGACUGAGCCGCAGAUAUUUUUCCUAAUGUUUCCCAGGUUUCUCCUUCAGUUCAAGGUAAACUGUAGGUUCAAUUAUGAUGCAGUGAAGAGCCCCUGACAAACAUAUUCUAUCAAGGAAGAUGACUACAUUCUACUUUCUUUGAAUAAGGGAAAUUUAGACAUACCCAUAAUACAAAUUCUUCUGAUUAAAGAAUGUACAGAGAAGCAACUGAAAUAAAAAUUCAUACAGAUGUUUCUUUUUUCUCAAGGAAACAUUUCCUUAGAGAAUCCACUUCUAUCCAUAGAAUCCUCAGUUGUAUUCUUCUAAGAGGUCUUAAUGUUUCCUUUCUGACCUGGGUGGCCAGGCAUACCUAAAUGUUUGAAGGGAUGGCAGACCACAUGGAAACGAUAUCCUCAGACAUGACAGUAUAAAUCUGAGCUCUGAUCUAACUUCUGUCUUUAAAUUGUCACUUGAAAUGGAGCAGUUCCAUAUUUGUUGUCCAUGUCUAUGUUGCUGCUGAACAGCUUGUGGAGAACAUAGAGUCAGAGAUUACCAACCAACUUGUAAGAACAAAUUCUCUAAUUGCUGGCAUGCACACCUCAGAGUCCCGGAACACAUGGGCAUUCUGGACUGUGAGGACAGUUGUACUUGAUUACCUUCUUCCAAUCCCUAAGGUAACCUUUUGCCUGAGGGAUUCUGUGACCUUCUUGCUCUUUCCUAUCCUCCUAAAAUGUUCUCUCUGAAAAAUGGGGCUCAUGACCUUCCAACAAAGUAGUCUUAUACCUAACUGAUCAGACAUAGUUCCAAAAGUGAUUCCUUCUAUAAAUCAGGGACUCUACUCCACCUUGGUUUGAGGUCCCAUAGUCCAAGUUUAGAAUCAGAGAAUAUAACUUUUGCCAUCUGCCAUCAAGCAAAUCAAUAGAAAUGUAAUAGCUUCAAAAUUUCUGCCUAGAUCUGGACAGCUGAACAAACUAAAAAAUGUAACCUAGCCGGCAACAGUUAUCCUAAGCUGUUGGAAGAAGAAAUCAGUUGCCACCUUUUCUCUCCUGCAUUAACAGAAACUAUGAAGAUAUAAAACUUUGAAUGAGAUUUAGAAACUUAUGAUGACUGCUGGAAACUUUAUCUACUGUAUAAGCUGAACACAACCUCGAAGAAAUAUCAAUGCUUGCAUAACCACUUAUCCUGUUGUUGUGACCAUUGCCUGGACUCAAAGAUAUAUAAGAUGGUUGUCAGAAAUGCAAUGUUCCCAUCUCUCAUUUAUGGAAAUGUACAGACCAAUAUAACCUUGAGGGAGCAUCAGAGUUCAGACAAUCACUUACCCGAUGGAAGAGCAUGCUGACUGCUUCAUGUACUCUUCACAACAGACUAUAUGGAUAUAUGGAUAGUGGAAGCUGGGAAGAAUAUUUGAAAGCAAAUGAGGCAAUACCACACUUUUCUCCCACUACCCAACGCCUACCAUGGUGUAACUGAAGAUGGGAACAUGUGAAGUAGCCCUAGCUCUUCUGCUCAAGGAUUACAUCCAAACGUCUUCCUGCUUCAUGUAUUCUGAGACAUUCCUCCACUGAAGAAAGGGGCCUUGGCCUUUUCCUAUCUGACCAAAGUCUUCAUAGCCCAAAGAUAACUGUCAGAAUAAAAUCCAACCUGUUGGAAUAAUGGAAGAAUUGCUGCCUGGACUUUCGAACAGCACACACAAUACAUGGACAUUCUCAAUACUGAAGAAGAAUAGGAAGCUGAUCAAACAAUACUGGAACUUCCUCUGCUCCACAAGAGAUGUCCUGUCCUACAUGCAGAGGAAUGUGUAGAUGGACAUAUAUUUGAAGAAGACACUGAACCUAAGACUACUACUGCAUUAUAGCCUCUUAGAAGACUUCUAAGACUGCUACCAUGCCUACCACGGACAUUCAGAAGAUGUGUAUUCUUGACUGUGAUUUCAAGUUUGGAGUUGAUGAUGUAGUGAGUGGCUGGAAUAUUCUAUAAUUUUCAAGAGGUAGCAGCGGAAGAUAUGCUUGAGGAGGUGAACCAGCAUGGGACUGUCAGCCAGAUAUUUUAUGAAUGCUCAGACUGCUACCUGACUGGGUAGCACAUUCACUGCAGUGGGAAGAUGAUCGAGUCUCUGAUGAGGAUCUAGGGGCUGAACAGGUUGUACCUGGAAUAUGCUCCACUGCAUGAGGUCUGAGGUCUUCAGGGCAAGGAGAUGCUGGAAUAGCAGUCAUCAUCUUCAGGGCAUUCAUCAUUAACAGAAUGGUCCCAACCUUCUUGAUCAAACAUGGAUGGUUGAAUACAAACCUGCCAGGCUGACAAAGCACUAGAAACCAACCCACAUCUUGGAACCGUGUUCAGGUUGCUGCACAUCCUCCUGAAGAUGCCACAGAUGACAUGGUUACUUUGAUUGUUGUUGUUCUCUUCUUGGUGAUGUUGUUUUCUUGUAAGUUUAGAAGAGGACUUCUUGUUAUUUUGUUGUUAUGGUAGUCAUCUACUGGCAUUAAAAACCAACAACUGGCUACUAAAAUAUUUCACAUAUUUUAUUCUAUUUGGAAAUCACAAUGUAUACAUAUCUUUUCCCCUACUGUUUCAAAGACUUACCACUAUGUCAAUCUCUUUUACAAAUGUAAUCAUUUUAACCAAUAUUCACAUGAAUAU